CUCCAGUGCUGCUGUCCCUUGCUUUUGUGUCUCUCACAUGCCUGAAUUGGUCUAUUCAGAAGAACUGGUCUAAGUCUUCUUUCACCUCACUCACCCGCGGCCAAAAGGAUCGACUUAUUCCUGGCGAACCAGUCCAUUGCUAGAAAUCUAAACCCUUACGCGCUGCGGCUGCUGAGCACUCAGACGUGGAGAGUGGGCCGCGGCUAAUAUAAUAUGCCCAAAGCAGUGGCACGAUGAAGGAGAAGUCCAAGAAUGCAGCCAAGACAAGGAGGGAAAAAGAAAAUGGAGAAUUUUAUGAACUGGCCAAGUUGCUACCCCUUCCUUCGGCCAUCACCUCUCAGCUAGACAAGGCAUCCAUCAUUCGGCUCACCACCAGCUACCUAAAAAUGCGAGCAGUCUUUCCAGAAGGUUUGGGAGAUGCUUGGGGACAGCCAAGUCAUGUCGGACCACUGGACAAUGUGGCUAAAGAACUGGGAUCCCACUUGCUGCAGACGUUGGAUGGAUUUGUGUUUGUGGUAGCAUCUGAUGGCAAAAUAAUGUAUAUAUCUGAAACAGCCUCUGUACACCUAGGCUUAUCUCAGGUGGAACUCACUGGCAAUAGUAUUUAUGAAUACAUCCAUCCUUCUGACCAUGAUGAAAUGACAGCUGUUCUCGCCGCUCACCAGCCUCUUCAUCAUCAUAUCUUACAAGAGUAUGAAAUAGAGAGGUCAUUUUUUCUUCGGAUGAAGUGUGUCUUAGCAAAGAGGAAUGCGGGAUUGACAUGCAGUGGCUAUAAGGUCAUCCAUUGCAGUGGCUAUUUGAAGAUAAGACAAUAUAUGUUGGACAUGUCCUUGUAUGAUUCCUGUUACCAAAUUGUGGGGUUGGUCGCUGUUGGUCAGUCUUUGCCUCCCAGUGCAAUCACGGAGAUCAAACUUCACAGCAAUAUGUUCAUGUUCAGGGCAAGUUUGGACCUAAAAUUAAUAUUUCUGGAUUCCAGGGUGACUGAACUAACUGGCUAUGAACCACAGGACUUGAUAGAGAAAACCCUCUACCAUCAUGUCCAUGGCUGUGAUAUGUUCUACUUACGUUAUGCUCAUCAUCUAUUGUUGGUGAAAGGUCAAGUCACAACCAAGUACUACAGACUACUUUCCAAGCACGGAGGCUGGGUUUGGGUACAAAGUUAUGCCACCAUUGUACACAAUAGCCGUUCUUCAAGACCUCACUGCAUAGUGAGUGUCAAUUAUGUUCUCACAGAUAUUGAAUACAAGGAAAUACAGUUGUCAUUGGAUCAGGUCACCUCUUCCAAGUCCCAGUAUUCCUGUAGGACUUCAAUGUCUACCUCACAAGAACCUAGGAAAAUAGCUAAAUCCAAAAGUAACAAGAUGAAGACAAAAGUCAGAACAAACCCCUACCUACCACAGCAAUACGACUCUUUCCAAAUGGACAAAUCGGAUUGUGGCCAGGUUGGAAAUUGGAGAGCAAGUUCCACAACAAAUGCUACAAAUACUCAAGAACAAAACUUUUAUUCAGAAAACAGUGAACUUUUAUAUGCCCCCUCCUAUAGCUUGCCUUUUUCUUACCAUUAUGGACCCUUUCCUAUAGAUUCUCAUGUAUUCAGGAACAAAAGACAGAUGCUGUCUUCAAAAUUUGGGCAGUCUCAAGGGUCCCCAUGUGAGGUGGCACGUUUUUUCUUGAGCACAUUGCAAACCAGUGGAGAGUGCCAGUGGCACUAUGCCAAUCCCUUAGUACCUAACAGCCAGUCUCCAGCUAAAAAUCUUCCUGACCAGCCAAUGAACAUUACACGACACAAUCUGGCACCCAAUUAUGAAGGUGGGUUGUGUUUACAGAUGGGGAAGGGAAAGGUCUUUGAAAUAUCAGGGGGAAAUGUCCAUGGGUGGUAGAUAGAAAGUAGAUAUAGAAGAUAAACAUUUCAUCUUUAGGUUUGUAAGUAGGAAUCACUAUCAUUGCAUGCUUAUAGUAUGUUACUACGUGACACAAAAAAGAGAGGCCUAAUUUCAAAAGUAUAUGCACAAUGUAUAAAGAAAUGGAGAAAAACCAAAACCCUCAACUGUCUUUCAUAACAUGUUCUUUUUCACAUAUACCAAGAAGGGAAACUUAAAUAAGUACUUUUAAAAGCAACUUUUUAAAGUAAUUUAAUUUUUUCAAUCCACAAAACUAU